ACAAGCUUUUUUUGAUACCUGAUAACAGCCUCAAUUAUCUUAACUUUUCCGGCUUGGGCUGCGACUCAUCUCUUCUUGCUGCUGCCUCUGUUUCUACUACCGACUCUGUUGCAACUCCUCCUCCUCCUCCCGUUGCGCAUCACCAUCGAUUUUGCUGGACAAAACCCAAAUCAAACUCCCACGUGCUCGUCUUUUGCUUCUUUCAUCAUCCUCAUCCUCAUUAUCUUUUCCGCUUUCGCAGACUCCUUCUAUGAGCUUCUCUUAUCUUCCUCACCAUAAAACCAACCUUCUCACCGUAUCUACUCUGCGUAUCAUUGCAAUAUUCGCCUUGUUCUGCAUCCGGCGAAGCCAUCCUCUCAAACCGCUUAUAACCAAUCCCUGUAUCGAUCGGUCCGGUCGAAGCGGUCUCAGCGCUCUCGAUUUGUACCGUCUGUACCUUUUUCUCGUGUCGCUGUUACUCCCCCGUAGCCGCCAACAAUCUUUAAUUUCGCUCCAGUCCCCCCCAGCCUCGACCAACGCCAAACCGGACUUGUCCUGGUCUCUGCCCGUCCCAUCAACGACUUGGACCUGGCUCUUUUCCCAACCCAACAUCUCUCCCACAAACAAAACCAAAUCUCACUUUACUUCAGUACGCAUUAAAGUUAUUAACUCAUUGCUACAUUCUCUCGAUCCCCUCGCGCAGAUUCCACCACCGCUUAUAACGCAGAUUCCAGUUAUGGGCAGCUUCACUUUCAAGUGGGAGCAUCCCGCCGACGAGGUCUACGUGACCGGUACAUUCGACAACUGGACCAAGAGCGUUAAGCUCGAGAAGGAGGGCAAUGUCUUCUCCAAGACAGUCGACCUAAAGGAGCCCGAGGGCAAGAUUUACUACAAGACUCUACCUUUCUUGCCAGCAUCGAAGACAAGCAUCCCCAGUUCUUGAGUCAUAUAUAGAUGGCGGGGAGAACCAUUGGCAUCAUCUGCCUUGCCUAU